GAUAAUUUCUGAAAGAUGCCGAAAGCAAAAGGGAAAAACAGGAAAAAGUUCGAUUACAACUCCAAUCGGAAAAAGCUCAAACGGAAGAUGUUGAAGAAGGCGAGCCCGUUGAUCGAGUGUGCACAGAUGAGAAAAGUAUGGGACGACAAGAAAUCAGUUGCUCAGAAUCUAGCUGACAUGGGUUUGGCAUCUGACCCAAACUGUGCAGUUCCCAUUAAGAAGAACAAGCAGUAUAAAAUGAAAACAGCGUUGAUAAAUAGAAAACCAGUCGUUAUUAAGCCAUAUGUAAUCAAUGAGCUUGAAGCAGAAGCUAACCUCCCAGAAGUAAAAAAGACUACUCUAUCCAGAGAAUUAAUUAAUUAUGUUCGGCAUAUGAUUGAGAACUACAAGGACAAUUACAAGGCAAUGGCAAGAGAUGAGAUGAAUUAUUACCAGGACACACCAAAUCAAAUCAAGAGAAAGAUUGAAUCUUACAAACGUUUUUAUCCAGAUGAAUAUAAUGCUUUGGUGGAUUCUGUGCAGGAAAAGAUGGAUGUAUCUUAAAUGGCUUUUUUAAAGCAAAUGGACUGUAGUAUUCAGCAAACGCAUUAUCAGCCUCGAAAGGAAUUUCUUCUGUAAUUCAAUUCUUGCAUACCAUUCCAGCUGUAAAUGACAUGUGCAUUCUCCAAUGGAUUAUUCUUGUAACUUUUGAGGGACAGAACCUAUUUCUCAAUUUCUGUUCCCGGGAGUGGUAUAGCCUGUCAGUUACCAUUAAAAUUAUGGCUCUACAA